AAUGUUGCCAUAUUCCAUGUUCUUGUUUUGUUUAGUGGCUGGUGCCGCCGUUGGAAGUGCUGAUAUUAGGUCAAGGGAUUGGGAUAUAAAAUCCAUGGAGAUAAAGAAAGUAGAUAAAGUGGAUCUAAAAUUGUAUUAUGAAUCUCUGUGCCCUGACUGCGUAACAUUCCAAAUAGAACGUUUGGACCCCGUAUUCACGGAAAUUGGAUCUUACAUCGAUCUCAAACUGUAUCCAUAUGGAAAUGCUAACAGGAAAGAAGUAGAUGGUAAGACCGUAAUAGUCUGCCAGCACGGCGAAAAGGAGUGUUAUGGGAACAAGCUCCAUGCCUGUGCUAUUGAUAAACUGAAGGACAUUCGUGCGACGUCACCUUACAUCUCCUGUAUGAUGAACGGUACGUGGGGAGGCGAUGGAUCCACUGAUAUGGACGCCACAAAGUGUGGAGAUUUAAUGAACAUCGACUCAAAGCCUAUCAAGGAAUGCGCUAAAGGUAAAAAGGGGGAAGAACUACUAGAAUACUACGGCAAAGAGACUGAUAAGAUCACAAAACAUGGCGUACCUCAUGUGUUACUAAAUGGCGAGAAGUUUGACAUGUACGACAACUUGAAGAAGAAAAUAUGCGAAGCUUUGAAAAAUCCGCCAUCUCAAUGUAAAACUAAAGUGUGAACAUUUUGUCUAAUAUUCUCUGAAUUUGGUGCAAAUAUAAUUGUACACGUGAAAAAAAAA